AUGGUGCAAAAAGGCCGCGUGGUAGGUGCAUCAGCAGGCAAGCACGAUGGAGCUGGCAUGUGGAGCGGAGGGUUUUCAGGCGCGGCUAUGGGUGGCCUGGUAGCUGGAGCCAUUGCUGGACGUCUUGGCGCACUCGUGGGAGCUGCAAUUGGUGGUGCUGCCGGUGCCUCGGCAGGUGCAAGGGAAGGUCGGGCGGCAAACACGCCAGAGGAAGCCGCAACUCGGGGAGCCGUGAGUGGCGGCAUGGUUGGUGCAUUCUGCGGCUUUCAAGUGGACUCGAUCGUGAAGCAAAUAGCCCUUGAAGAGAAGCACAAGGAGUGGCUCGAGGGCAGAAGCUCCGAGUCUACGUCCAUCGGAGACGGACCUGUCCUCUUCGGUCUGCAGCAGCUCGGCUGUUUCCCGGGCACCACGAACCAGGCGGUCUUCCGACAGCACAAGCGCGGGAUUGCGGCCAACCGACCUUUGAAGCGCCGGCCAGACUUCUAUUCGGGAGCUGGGGUGAAAAACAGCUUGGACCAGGAGAACUGGCGGCUGGAUCCAACCACCAGCUACCAGAAGCACUUUGGAGUCCCGGCGCCGGCCCUGGAGGAUGCCAGCGUCCUAACCCGGAAGUGCUCCGCCAUCUUCAAGGCCGGCCAGCAGCCGAGGGUUCAGCGCUAUGCGCACGCGUCGGACGCAGCGCAGCAACGGGAGUUUGCUUCGGUUGUGCGAUCCCUGGAAUCCUUGCGGACGGGCCAGCGAACACAGAGCCGGUCGCACCUGGACUUCGACCGCCAGGAGCAUGAGCGGCUGUGGAAACCCCCGUUGCAGCGGCCAGUGAUGGAUACGGCGCAGAUCCAGAGAUCGCAAGUGGCUUUGGGUAUUGUGCCCCAGCGGAAGGAGACGCCGGAACCGGUCCCUGUGGUAGAGGUAGCACGGGUGGCCGAGGUGGAGGUGCCCCAGAGCCCUUCGGUGUCUCAUCUGGGCUCUCUGCCCCUCACGGCCAUCUCCUACCCAGAGUCGGAGGUGCCUUCUCUGCCCUCCACUCGCUCCCGAUCUUCCAAAACAUCCCGGCCGAAGUCUGCCUCUGGGCAGCUGCAGUCCCUGGGAUCUCAGAACUCCAGCAAAGCCUCGGUGAAGGCGAAGACCCCGAGCCGCCCCAACUCCGCGCUCCCGCCGCGCUUCACUGGGAGCGCGGCGCAGCCCGCGGUGGGAUCCGAGAAGGAGAACCAUCCGGAGCCUUCGAAGCCUUCGGGCCCGGAGGUUGGGCCCCAGGAUGCGAAGCUCGCCAAGCGCUUCGAGAACGUCUUCAGGCCCAUCAGGACGCGCGUGCAGCGCGUCAUGCCUGCCUGGGAUCUAGCUGCCCAGAAGCUGGAAAUCCACGACCCGCCGGUCAAGCUUGCAAAGAUCGACGCGAGCAGAUAUGCGGACGUGGGUGAGGAGAAUGAGAUCCACUCCUAUCCCACCAUGAAGCUAUUUGUUGACGGUGCGGUCUUCGACUACGACGGCGCCGGGCGCGGGUGGCAGCAGAUCGUCAAGUGGGUCAAUCGACAUCUAGAGAGAGACCAUGUGCUGAAGUCUGUGGAGGAAGCAGAAACUUAUUUGCACGACAACGACCUGACCGUUAUUGGCCUCUUUCCGGAUGGCUAUGACAGCAGUGUCUUCGUGAAGGCCACGCGGCACUACGAAGACGUCGUCUUCGCAGAGGCUAGAGGGAACGACAUCGCCGCUCAGAUCGGCGAGCACCUCGGCAGGCACGCAGCUCUCCUGUGCGAGACGAUCACCGUCGGACAGAGUGCGUCCGCCACGAAGGAGGUCGAGCUUCCCCGAACAGAUCUUCACUGUCAAGACGCUCCAAGGAAUCCCCAGCGACCCGAGUGGACGGACACCUUCAGCGUGAGCGUGGAAGGCCAGAAGUUGACAGUGAAGCGGACGGACCAGGCCGCCGGAUGGGGCCAGCGGGUGCAGAUCAAGUGCUGCGAUGACGAGAAGAAAGCGGAAAAGGAGCACCCCAAGUUCACAACUCCUUCAGUGGUGAUGUUCUUUCCCCACGACGAGCGGUACGCCGUGUACGAUGGCGACCUUUCAGAUGCCCAUGCUUUGGAUAGGUGGGUUAGCGCGCGACGGACGCCGACAGUCAUGCGUAUGGAUCAGGAGACCGCUGAAAAGCUCUUCUCUGCGAAUCCGGAGAAUGUUCCGGCUCUGAUUCUGAUCACUUCAAGCAGCGACAGCAAGGAGGAGAAGAUCUUCCGGGAGGCGGCUGUGAAGCUGAGAGGCAAAGUGCAUUGCUGCCUCUCCGGCCUGGACACCGCCAUGGAGCGCCGCACAGCAGAGAUGGCGGGAGUGGAGGGGGCCGGUCCUGUGCUGACCCUGGUAGAGACGCACUCCGGCACCGGUCCCACGGGCCAAUACCACGCUGCGCGGAAGUUCCGCCUGUCGCUGGAAGGCCUCAGCGUCGACAAGGUCGUCGGUUUCGUCACAGACUACGAGGGUAACAGGCUGGAACCUUGGCUCAAGAGCGAGCCCGAGCCUUCAGCCGAGGACAUCCGGAUCGGCGGCCCCGUGGGGGUCUUGGUGGGAACCAACUUCCGCAAGACCGUCGAGGACGAGUCGAAGGAUAUCAUGGUGGACUUCUACGCACCCUGGCCAUGGUCUCGGAUGCCUCGGAAUCAGCAAUUGUACCGAGAGGCUUGUCAUAUGUAA